UCCAACAUUGCCUUUUCAUUCGCAUCAGAAAAAGGGUCAAGGAUGCACAGGAAGAAUAAUGGCACAGCAGGAGCAGGAGCAGUACCAGCAUGUGCAGCAUGCAAGCAUCAAAGGAAAAAGUGCAACGAAGGUUGCACUUUGGCACCUUUUUUUCCAGUGGAGAGGAAUCGAGAAUUCCAAGCAGUGCACAAAGUUUUCGGGGUUAGCAAUGUAACAAAGAUGGUGAAGAAUGCCAAUGAAGCAAACCGGAGAAAGGUUGUUGAUUCAUUGGUAUGGGAAGCUCUUUGCAGGCAAAAAGACCCGGUGCUUGGUCCUUACGGAGAGUAUAGGAUGAUUUUCGAUGAGCUCAAGAUGUAUAAAAAUCAUGAGAACCAAACGGUUCCUUUACAAGUGCAAAAGGGCAUGUGUUACAAAUCUCUGACGGAUUUAGUUGCUUGGAACUAUGAAACUAAUGGGAUUAGCGAUGGAAUAAAUGGAGGAAAUGGAAUCACUACUACUAAUAACAAUUUGGAUUAUGAUCUUCAGGUUAACGAAAACGUCAGAAUCAAUUCAGUCCCGCCAUAUGGUUAUCCUUUAACUUGUGAGCAAGAAAUUGCAGCAGAGAAGAUAAAGCAAGUAAAAAUAGCUGCUGAUUCCAUUGUUGUUCCAGUAGUACACCAGCAGGGGCAUUCUAUCAACAACAUUAAUCAGCAGUACUAUAUUUCCGGUCAACUUAAUCAACACAUUGGCAAGCCAUUAGAAAGGACAAUAUGGGAAGGCGGAUCGUAAUAUAUUUUGAUUGUUUAAACAGUUUCCUUACUUUCCGAUCAAUCGAUCGACUGCAUUCAGGAGAGGAUAUACUCUAGGCUAUUAUAUAUGGUCAUUCUCCAUGUUCCCAUAAUUUAUUACUAGUAUUAGAAAAUGACAUUUGCUUUUCUUACUCGGUACAAUUAGCUUAAAGCUUUGCAUUGAAAUAGCUAAUUAGGUCGGUGUAUGUGAUGAUAAUGAUGUUAUGGCUUAUAGUACGU